AUGUGUGCGGAGGCCAUCAAGGUUAUCGUGCGAUGUCGGCCACUAGAUGAGCGAGAAAAAUCUUUGAACUGCAAAAGUGUCGUAUUUAUUGACAGCAGUCGGGGUCAGUGUUCAAUAUGCCAUCCUGCGAGGGAAAAUGAUAUCCCCAAAAACUUUUUCUUCGAUGGAGCCUACGGACAAACUUCGACUACAGAACACAUAUAUGCCGAUAUUGUCUAUCCAUUGGUGGAGGGAGUCACUGAGGGUUAUAAUGGAACUAUUUUUGCUUACGGCCAAACUGGUUGCGGUAAAUCGUUCACAAUGCAAGGCGUUCCAGAACCCUCGGCAAAUAAGGGAAUAAUUCCGAGAUCUUUCGAACACAUAUUCGAAACUACUGCAGUGAGCUCAGAUGUAAAAUUUCUUAUCCACGCAUCGUACUUGGAAAUUUACAAUGAAGAAAUUCGUGAUCUCCUUGGAGUCGGUGGAAAAACAAAAUGCGAAAUUAAGGAGCAUCCAGAAAGAGGAGUGUUUGUCAGCGGUCUAUCCAUGCACAAAGUGAAAAACGUCAACGAUUGUAGGGCUAUAAUGGAUCAGGGCUGGCGUAACCGUGCCACAGGAGCGACUCUAAUGAAUGCUGACAGCAGUCGGUCCCACUCAAUCUUCUCCAUUUAUCUCGAAAUGAUCUGCAAUGAUGCCGAAACGGGCAGGGAGAUGCUUCGUGCCGGAAAAUUGAAUCUUGUCGACUUGGCCGGCUCCGAACGACAGUCCAAAACUGGCGCCGUGGGUGAUAGGCUGAAGGAGGCUACCAAAAUCAACCUCAGUCUCUCCGCCCUUGGUAACGUUAUCUCGGCUCUGGUAGACGCCAAUACCAAGCACGUACCUUACAGGGACAGCAAGCUCACACGUCUUCUGCAGGACUCGCUUGGAGGAAAUACAAAGACUCUCAUGAUCGCCUGCCUCUCUCCAGCGGAUAAUAACUACGAGGAGAGUCUCAGCACAUUACGUUACGCCAACCGAGCCAAGAACAUCAAGAACAAGCCUGUUAUCAACGAGGAUCCCAAAGAUGCCCUUUUGCGUCAGUACAGGGAGGAGAUAGCGCGGUUAAAGAGCAUGCUUGAGGGAAAGGCCGUCAUGACCCCACCGACUGGUCCCGAACUUGGAGGACGACUCCAGUCGGCCGAUCCGUUUGCCAAAGAUUUGGAGGCUAUCAAUAGGGAAAAGGAGGCUCUGAAGACGGAAUACGAAAGCAAGUUACGUGAAAAGGAGGCACUGUAUGCCGCCGAGGCUGCUAAUUCCGCUAAACUGCAGGAAGAUCUCCAAAAACUUCGCGAACUCUACGAAGCAAAACUGCAAGUGCUCGACAACAGAGCAAAAGCGCCCACUGAAUCGACGGACAAAAAGUGUCAGGUGAUCUCUGCUACACCUGAAACUGCUGAAGCCAGUGACUCAUUGGUAUUUUCGGACAGCUCCAACCUCCCGAACCGUCGCCCAGCUGAAUACGACGCUCUUCCUACAUUGCGACUGGACACCCUGCUUCCAAUUUAUGGGAAUUAUUUUGAAUCAUGCUGUUCAGAUGGGGAACCCGAUGCAGCAAUGUCGGCUGUCAGAGAUGGCAGCUUGUCGGCCAAGACUUACCGCAUUGGCGAAAGUCAGCGGGUGCUUGACGAGACCCACAAGCCGAUGCGCCCGCAAUUUGCAGUUCAUUUGGCCACUACUAGUCUGUCCGGCGUGACAACUCCUCUCGAUGGUAUAUCCGGCGAAUACGACAGAAUGACCAAAGACGAUUUGUUGCGAAGGUUACACCUCUUAGAGGAAGAUAUGGUCGGCGGAGAGCAAGCCAACAACAAGGAUUUCAAGGAGCGUCACUCAAAGCGGAAACGAUACGCUGAGGAACGCAAACGCCUGCUUGCCGAAGCCAAUAAAAACCUGGAGGAUGAUGGAAUUAUGGUGGGUAUCUAUGAAAGCAUUCAGGACGAGCUGAGGCACAAGAAUAGGCUUCUUAAUAAAGAGAAGCAAAAGGUAAUUAUGAUUUUCAUGGAAUCCCUUUCCUUUUACCUACCUUUCUACAAUGAAUAUACGGGCUGGAAGGUACUACCAGCUUGUUACCAAUAG